CUGUUGUCAGUCGGCAGUCGGAGCGCAGUGCAGGCGAGGGAGGCGCUCGGUUGUCCGUCGCCGGGAGCAACGGGGCGGCCCUGCAGACCCACCGGGUUGGGAGAAGAGCCCACGGCCAGAUCGGUGCCCGCGGUAGCCCCUGCAUGGAGGCGCCGCCCGCCUCUCCUCGGAGCCCCGAGGAUUAGCGCCCUCCUCCCUCCCCCCCCCCUCCAGCCGCAAUCCCGCACCGAACUUUGGGCGGCACUCGGGAAAGUUUGCGCGCCGCGCUCGGAGCUCCGCGGUGGCCACCCUCCCCGCCAGGGCGCUCCAAAAGUCGCCCUUCACGCCAUGGCCGGCAGGCCGACCCAGCUCGACGAGGCCGCCCGACUGGCUCGCCCUUCCUCCGUCGGCCUGACGCUCCCCUGGAGAAGGGGCAGCCCGAGCCAGCGGCCCCUGUGGGUCGUCUACAUGGCGCUCUUCUGGAGGCUCAGCGCCGCCGACUCGGAGUUUUCCAUCUUGGACGAGGCACAAGUUUUGGCCACUCAGAUGAGGAAGCUGGCCACCGAGGAGCUAGGCGUUGUGACCAUGCAGCGAAUAUUUAACUCCUUUGUAUACACAGAAAAAAUCUCAAACGGAGAAAGUGAAGUUCAGCAGCUAGCAAAAAAAAUCCGGGAAAAAUUUAACCGUUACUUGGAUGUGGUCAAUCGAAACAAGCAUGUAGUGGAAGCAUCGUAUACUGCUCAUUUGACAUCACCUCUGACUGCAAUUCAAGAUUGCUGCACCAUUCCACCUUCUAUGAUGGAGUUUGACGGGAAUUUCAACACAAAUGUGUCUAGAACUAUUAGCUGUGAUAGGCUGUCUACCACUGUGAAUAGCAGAGCAUUCAAUCCUGGGCGUGAUUUAAAUUCUGUUCUUGCUGACAAUCUGAAAUCGAAUCCAGGAAUUAAAUGGCAGUACUUUAGUUCAGAAGAAGGUAUUUUUACUGUGUUUCCAGCACACAAAUUUCGAUGUAAAGGCAAUUAUGAACACCGUAGCAGGCCUGUCUAUGUCUCUUCAGUUAGACCUCAAUCUAAACACAUAGUGGUCAUUGUGGAUCACGGAACUUCAGUCACAGAGACUCAGCUUCAGAUUGCCAGAGAUGCAGCCCAAGUUAUUUUGAACUCAAUAGAUGAACAUGAUAAGAUUUCCGUGUUAUCCGUGGCAGACACAGUAAGAACCUGCUCCUUGGAUCAGUGCUAUAAGACGUUUCUGUCUCCUGCCACCAGUGAGACUAAAAGAAAGAUGUCCAGUUUUGUUAACAAUAUAAAGUCAUCUGACAGCUCUACUCAGCAUGCAGCUGGAUUUCAAAAAGCAUUUCAGUUGAUACGAAAUACGAACAACAGCACAAAAACCCAAGCAAAUACAGAUAUGGUCAUAAUUUACUUGUCAGCUGGAGUAAUAUCAAGGGAUUCAUCAGAAGAUGGUAAAAAGGCUACACUUCGUGUUAUCAAUGAAGAAAAUAGUUUCCUUAACAACUCUGUAAUGAUCCUUACUUAUGCCCUCAUGAAUGAGGGAGUGACGGGUUUAAAAGAACUGGCAUUUCUCCGAGAUCUUGCAGAACAGAAUUCAGCAAAGUAUGGUGUACCUGACCGAACUACUUUACCUGUGAUCAAGGGGAGCAUGAUGGUCUUGAACCAGCUGAGCAACCUAGAAACCACAGUGGGCCGUUUUUAUACAAAUCUGCCUAACCACAUGAUUGAUGAAGCAGUCUUUAGUUUGCCUUUCUCAGAUGAAAUGGGAGAGGGUCUAAUAAUGACAGUAAGCAAACCUUGUUAUUUUGGAAACCUACUAUUAGGCAUUGUUGGAGUAGAUGUUAACCUGGCAUAUAUCUUGGAAGAUGUCACUUAUUACCAAGAUUCGCUGGCUUCAUACACCUUUCUGAUAGAUAAUAAAGGCUACACUCUUAUGCACCCUUCCCUUACCAGACCAUAUUUGCUAUCUGAACCACCGCUACACACAGAUAUUAUACACUAUGAAAAUAUUCCCAAAUUUGAGUUGGUUCGACAGAAUAUUCUAAGUCUCCCUCUGGGCAGUCAGCUUAUUACAGUCCCUGUGAACUCCUCACUGUCUUGGCACGUAAAUAAACUACGUGAAAUUGGGAAACACGCCUACAAUGUGAGUUACGCCUGGAAAAUGGUUCAAGAUACAUCUUUCAUUUUGUGCAUUGUUGUGAUACAGCCAGAAAUACCUGUUAGACAACUUAAAAACCUCAACACAGUACCCAGUAGCAAGCUACUUUAUCAUCGACUGGAUCUCUUGGAUCAGCCCAAUGCUUGUCUACAUUUCAAACAACUGGCAACUUUAGAAAGUCCUACUGUAAUGCUGUCUGCAGGUAGUUUCUCUUCUCCUUAUGAACAUCUGAGCCAGUCUGAGACCAAGAGGAUGGUGGAGCACUACACAGCAUAUCUUAGUGACAAUACACGCCUCAUUGCCAAUCCAGGGUUGAAAUUCUCUGUCAGAAAUGAAGUAAUGGCUACCAGUCACGUCACAGAUGAAUGGAUGACACAAAUGGAAAUGAGUAGCUUGAACAGUUACAUUGUCCGCCGUUACAUAGCAACGCCCAAUGGGGUGCUCAGAAUUUAUCCUGGUUCCCUCAUGGACAAAGCAUUUGAUCCCACUAGGAGACAGUGGUAUCUCCAUGCAUUGGCAAAUCCAGGACUGAUUACUUUCACUGGACCUUACUUAGAUGUUGGGGGAGCUGGUUAUGUGGUUACCAUCAGCCACACAAUUCAUUCUUCAAGUUUACAAAUGUCUUCAGGCCAUUCUGUUGCUGUGAUGGGCAUUGAUUUUACUCUGAGAUAUUUCUAUAAGGUACUAAUGGACCUGUUACCAGUUUGUAACCAGGAUGGAGGCAAUAAACUAAGAUGCUUCAUUAUGGAGGAUAGAGGCUAUCUUGUGGCACACCCAACCCUUAUUGAUCCCAAAGGCCAUGCCCCAGUGGAACAGCAGCAUAUAACACACAAGGAACCUUUGGUAGCAAAUGAUAUUCUGAACCACCCAAACUUCGUGAAGAAAAACCUUUGUAACAGUUUCAGUGACAGAACAGUCCAGAGGUUUUAUAAGUUUAAUACCAGCCUUACGGGUGAUCUGACAAAUCUUGUGCAUGGCAGUCACUGUUCUAAAUACAAGCUGACAAGAAUACCUGGAACCAAUGCUUUUGUUGGAAUAGUAAAUGAAACCUGUGACUCGCUUGCCUUCUGUGCCUGUAGUAUGGUAGAUCGGCUCUGUCUGAAUUGUCAUCGAAUGGAACAGAAUGAAUGUGAAUGUCCUUGUGAGUGCCCUCUGGAGGUCAAUGAAUGCACUGGCAAUCUUACCAAUGCAGAAAGCAGGAAUCCUAGUUGUGAAGUUCACCAGGAGCCAAUGGCAUUCAGUGCAGUUGAUCUCAGCCUACAAGAUGCUCUUCCUCAGUGCAUUAAUACUCGAUGUAAUCAGAGAAUGGAAAGCGGAGAUUGUUUUGGUGUCUUAGAUUGUGAAUGGUGCAUGGUGGACAGUGAUGGAAAGACUCAUCUGGAUAAAUCUUACUGUGCCCCCCAAAAAGAAUGCUUUGGUGGCAUAGUGGGUGCCCAGAGUCCAUAUGUAGAUGACAUGGGAGCAAUUGGAGAUGAGGUGAUAGCUUUGAAUAUGAUAAAAAGUGCUCCAGUUGGUCCUGUCGCAGGAGGCAUUAUGGGAUGUAUAAUGGUACUUGUUCUGGCAGUCUAUGCCUACCGUCACCAGAUCCACCGCCGAAGUCACCAACAUAUGUCCCCGCUUGCUGCACAAGAAAUGUCAGUUCGCAUGUCCAACCUGGAAAACGAUAGAGAUGAAAGGGAUGAUGACAGCCACGAAGACAGAGGAAUCAUCAGCAAUACGCGGUUUAUAGCAGCAGUGAUUGAGCGGCAUGCACACAGUCCUGAACGCAGACGGCGUUACUGGGGGCGGUCAGGAACAGAAAGUGAUCAUGGGUACAGCACUAUGAGUCCUCAAGAAGACAGUGAAAACCCUCCCUGUAAUAAUGACCCAUUAUCAGCUGGUGUAGAUGUGGGAAAUCAUGAUGAAGAUUUAGACCUGGAUACCCCCCCACAGACUGCUGCACUCUUGAGUCACAAGUUUCACCACUACAGGUUGCACCAUCCCACGCUUCAUCACAGUCAUCACUUACAGGCUGCAGUCACAGUACAUACUGUAGAUGCAGAAUGCUAAUGGCCUUGAAGGAAAAUACCGCUAAUGAACACUGAUCUGGGAACAACAGGCAGACUUUUUUGUACCUUUACCAGACACGGUUCUGACUAACUUGCUGAGACUCAUUUCACAUCAAAACUUUACAUUUCUGAAAUGUAAUGUUGGCUCUAAAGUGGAGUACAAAUUAGCAUGAUGAAUGAACCUGCCAUAACAUUCAAUAAAAUGGAACAGUAGGAAUGUUCAGCCUCCAAACACAGGAAGAAAGGUUUACACAGUAAAUUGAACCUUUUGAACCCUGUUAAUCUGAGCUAAGGAAAGUGUGCUCAGACAAAGGAGAGGUAGAGAGAGCAGUUUGCUUUCCUUAACUGGAAGAAUGGAAAUCUUUGGAGCUGGAGACAAAGAAGGAGCUGGAUCCAAAAAUAGUAGUUACCAUGUGGUUUCCAUUUGUUGAGAGGGUUUUAAAAAAAAUAUUCAGUGCUCUUACAAAUCACUGUAUGGGACCUAAGACAGUGCAUCUCAAGAUUUUUAAAUAAAGGAUUAUUUUUGUACUAUUUAUUGAACUCAAAGCAUUCAUGAACUCCAAAGGAGAUAGAUGAACUAAAGAACAAGCAUAGAAAUCUCCACAGACGCAGCCUUUAAUUAUGUUGGGGAUAUUACGGAUCUUUCCAAGAAGACAUCCCUGUGAAUGGAUAUCAGCUACCCCUCCCCUCCCCACACACACGCACAUUGCUAUAAAGGGAAAAUGAAGAAAUUGUGUGCUGAUUUGUUUACAUUAUUAAUGUUUUGUUUCCAUGGCCAUUUUUGUACACUUUGAAGAUGGUUUAUAACAUAGUAUUUUUAAAUCUAUUUUAAUGUGAGGAAGAGGGAUACCAUGCCUCUUGGCUGAAGCACUGAGGAAUUAUUUCUCUCGCCCUGCUCUCCACACCAGACUGGGAUAAAAUUCCAGCCAAUGUAGCAAUGUCAUGUUCAAAUAACAUUCAUGAUCAGUAAACUAAAAUAAUAUUCCUGUUGUUUCAUUCCCUUUUCACAUAACAACGAAUAUAUGAGAGGCAAAUAGAAUGCCUGGUAAAAUUUUGAUUGUGAGGGGUCUGUUUUGCAACCAAGGAUGAGCUUCUGUCAUCUUUGUCUGGAAUUUAACAGUGCUAUAGGGCUUAAUCAUGCAGGGCUUAAUCCAAUCUGACUAGUAACACAUGGGACAUCUUAAUUUUAAACUAGUUUUAAAUCACAGUGUUUGUGUGGUAUAGAUUCACAAUUUGUGUUUAAAAUAUGAAAAAAAAUUGCACUGUGCAUAUAAUAAACAUCCAUUUAUAUGUAGGGUUUUUUAAAAAAGAGAUCUCUGGAUGUUGUUUUAAUGAUAGGGUACUUUAAUACUUAUGUAAAAAGAAUUGGUUCUUAAACAGUAUGGUAAAGUAAGUAUGUGUGUGCUAUCCAAAUCCCCUUUAUACUAUGUAUAAAAUUACAAUCUCUAGUGGAAUAAACUGUAUAUAAAGAA